AUGUUCUCCAGGAACCGCUUCAAUGGACAACACAGAACAGGUGUCGCCCCCAAAGUGGACACCAAGGAGAAGGUUCGCAAAAAGAGGGCCCCCAACCCCAGGGUAGCUCUUGUCAUCCGGGAGAAGAUCCACCGCCUGCUCCAAGGAUCAGGACAGGAAGUACCCACCCUAGACCGUAACAAUGCUGGGAUUGAGGAGGAGGGGGGAGGAGAGGUGCAGGAGAAGAGAAAGGAAGGCACAUAUAUUUUUGCGAGGUGUGGGCCCAGAGAGGAAGCUUGCUCCUCGAGGGUCCCCAACGGUAAGGCACAUCGAGGGGUGUCAGGGGCAUCCUGUGUUGGGGAGGUGGAGCUGAACAGAGAGGGCUGUGUCAGGAUACCUUGCACUCUGCAGCACAACAGUAGCAGCUGCCAAUCUCCACGAAAGCAGAAAUGGAUCAUCCCAGAUGGGAUUAGGACUGUCCCGGAACCGAGACGAACACCCAAACACCAGAAAUGGAUCAUCCCGGCAGGGAUUCGAACAAUCCCAGAAUGCAGAAGAGAAGCUCAACACCAUAACCGGAUUGGUCCAAACAUGAACGGUUCUGGGUUUGGCCCAGUGGCAGGAGCAGAAGGAGGUAAGGCUGAAUUCACUAGGACACGUGCAGAACCAAAAAGGCCUGUUUCUAUGGGCGACUAUGUGGAUUACAGAAUUCGGCACGAUACUCUGCUGGAGGAGGACGAGGAAGAAGACCAGGAGGAGGAGGACGAGGAAGAAGAGUCUAGCGCCAUCAUCGAGCACAUCCUAAAGGAGCUAAGAGGGAUCAACAAGAUCCAGGAGGAGAUCUCAGACCUGCGGGACUACCUUAAGUCUGUCCGUGGCUCUGUAGAGGAGGUAUCUUCCUGUGUGGAUGCUGUGCUCCUGGAGAUAGAGGGCAUUCGCUCGGGAAACAAGGCCAGUGGCAGUCCAGGGGGUGGGGCUUGGUCUGGGGCAGCACUGUGCAGCGACGGGUCACUCUUAACCCCUCGCCAGAGGCCUGUCAGCGCUUAUGGCAAUUUGGGCAGGCAGAUGGAGCCUUCAGAUUCCAAUGUCUGCCGACCGUCCGUCUUCAGCGAACGCCACAGCAUACACGGAAUGCCAGUUGAGUUCCACUUGCCAACGUUAGAAGAAACGUCUACCACAGUCUCGCCAGGCACAGAGUCAGUUGAGCUUGAGGGCCAGGAACAGGAACAGGAGGAGGUUGAGACGGAGGACUCAUCGGAACACAGCUCAGACAUCCCAGAACCCACCAUCAUCAAGAAGCUGAGCUUUGGCUACCUGGAGCAGCAGGACGGCCAGGACUUCCCCAGCAUCAGCUCCCUGUCCUCAGGACACAGCCCCAAUUCAGAGUCUGACCUCGAGAGGCCCUUGUCCAGACACGGCGCAGGGCAUGGUGGGGCUAGUGGUAGUAGUAGGGGUGCUGCGGUAGAGGGCUUGGGCGGUGCUGGCCCACAACAUGGUGGGUCUGGGGAGACUAGGUGGCAUGAAGAAAGCUCUUACUCCAGACAGGGGAGUCUGGAAGAGCAAGAGGGAGAGGGGCCUGCCUGCUUGGAGGGGACAGGGAGCCGGUACAGGGGCUCAGGGGGGUACAGUACCGGUACCCUGGGCCUGUCCUCCACAGGAAGCUCGGACCGCCUCUCGCUCCAGUCUGGACUACACUACAACCACGCCAGCACCUCCAGCCAUGAAGAGUGGCGCGCCCAUAGACGGAGGCCAAAACCACAGCCUGGUACUCAAUUUCCGACCGAUGCCCACACAGAGGACCACCGCCUGGGGUACGAGUGUGCUGCUGAUUACGCAUAUCACCAGAGCUCUGGUUACCACUCAGUGGAAGGACAUACUGAUGAGGUAGAAGGGUACAGUCACUCAGAUCCCCCCACAGAUCUCAGCUACACAACUGACUCCAAAGUCGAUAGUUUCCAGGAGACUUAUUCUGGCUAUGAGUGUGGCAUGACUGAAGAGUCUACAGAUGGAACUUGUACCUGGACUGAGAGCUCCUUACUGAGCCACAGCAUUGCAGCUGAAACAGACAUUCCAUCGGUCAGAGGGGAUAAAACAGGCAUUUCAUUGGUCAGAGGGAGAGAGGAAAGAGUUAUUCCAGACCUGGACGGCCGCCUCCCUCGCCCUAACAGCACAGAGAUCCAAAACAUGGGUUUUAAUGUGAAGCGGAUCGGCCAAGCUGUGUUGGACUUCAGUUCUGCCCUGCGGGAUGCGCUACGCAAGCUGGAAGAACCCGGAACUGCCCAGAGUCCUGGAGUCGAGAGCGAGGUGGAACUACCCACAAGCCUCUUUGAUGAGCCUCACAUGGACUUACCCCAUGCAGAUAUGUCUCAAACAUCCCAAGAGGAGGGGGUGAAUCCAGGGGCCACGGACGACACAGAGGGACAGAUCCAUACCAGUGUUCUCUCCUCUGCUCCCUCAGAACCCUCCCCCAGUGAACCUCUACCAGAAGAGAUCAGUGACGGCCUCCCACAGGACCAUGAUGACCCUUGCAAAACUUCUCCCCUUCCCUACCCUGGACACAAUGUUUACCACCCAGGCCUAGACCUUUCCUCAGCUGGUCCAGAGCCUACCUUCUCUCCACCCCAUAUAGAAUCAGAGGAAAAGGGAGCGUCUCCUUUGCCCCAGGGCCCAACAGACGCCCCCACUCUCAACACCUCGCUAUCGCAAUGCACCACUGCAGAGUCCCUUUCGCUUUCCUUCUCAGCUGAGGAGCCGGCACCGCAGGAGAAGCGGGGAGACGAACCCCCGCCGCUGUCGCCUCCGCAGCCCAACACAGAAGCAGAUGUCCCAGAUACCCCUGCAGCCCCUGAGGGAGAGGCAGCGGGAGAGGCAGAACCAAAAGAAGACCCCCUGGAGAUGAGCCAGAGGGAGGUGCGGAGACUGAAGUGCCUGAGGACCUUCCAGCAGAUCCUGCGGGAGAAGAGGGAGACGCGGCACCAGCUCACCAGCAUGACCAUGUCCACGUUCGAGGAGGAUGACCUCAUCCCAGGCCUCAGCAUGAGUUACUCAGGCCGAGAUGGAGACCCCAGCCAGCACCCGUGGGCCAAGCCUGGUGGCGCCACGCCCUUCGGGAUCGACAGCAUGCCUGACCUUCGCAAGAGACGGCCAAUCCCCCUGGUCAGCGAGCUGUCCAUGUUGCAGGCCAGGAAGGCAGGGCUCUCUAUGGCUACAAAGACGUCCCAGAAGGACCAGGAACUGAAGAACCAUGUGUAUAAGAAAACCCUGCAAGCUCUGAUCUACCCCAUCUCCUGCACCACGCCCCAUGCCUUCCAGGUGUGGACCGCCUCCACACCCACCUACUGCUAUGAGUGUGAGGGGCUGCUUUGGGGCAUCGCCCGCCAGGGCAUGAGGUGUGCUGAGUGUGGGGUCAAAGUUCACGAGAAGUGCCAGGAGCUGCUCAACGCUGACUGUCUGCAGAGAGCGGCUGAGAAGAGCUCUAAGACAGGAGCAGAGGACCGGACCCAGCACAUCAUCACAGCUAUGAAGGACAGGAUGAAGAUCAGGGAGAGGAACAAGCCGGAGAUCUUUGACGAGAUCAGGGCUGUGUUUGCCGUCACUAAGCUGCUCCAUGCGCAGCAGAUGAAGACCAUUAAACAGAGCGUGUUAGACGGAACCUCCAAAUGGUCGGCCAAGAUCACCAUCACCGUUGUCAGUGCUCAGGGUCUCCAGGCUAAAGACAGGACCGGCUCCAGUGACCCUUACGUGACCAUUCAGGUGGGGAAGACCAAGAAGAGAACCAAGACCAUCUAUGGAAACCUCAACCCUGUCUGGGAGGAGAAAUUCAACUUUGAGUGCCACAACACGUCGGACCGUAUCAAGCUGCGUGUUUGGGACGAGGACGAUGACAUCAAGUCCAGGGUGAAACAGCGACUCAAGAGGGAGUCCGAUGACUUCCUGGGUCAGAGCAUCAUCGAGGUCAGAACCCUCAGCGGAGAGAUGGACGUCUGGUACAACCUGGAGAAGAGGACUGAUAAGUCAGCAGUGUCUGGGGCCAUCAGGUUACAGAUCAGUGUGGAGAUUGAAGGGGAGGAGAAAGUAGCGCCGUACCACGUUCAAUACACCAGCCUGCAUGAGAACAUGUUCCACUACUCUACUGACGUGCUGGGUCAGGGGGUGGUGAAGGUGCCUGUUGCCUAUGGAGACGAUGCGUGGAAGGUCUACUUUGAUGAGGUGCUGCAGGAUAUCGUAGAUGAAUUCGCCAUGCGCUACGGCGUCGAGUCCAUCUACCAGGCCAUGACUCACUUUGCCUGUCUGUCCUCUAAGUACAUGUUGUCUGGUAUUCCUGCUGUGAUGAGUACUCUUUUGGCCAACAUCAACGCCUUCUACGCCCAUCCUACGGCCAUCACCAACGUCUCCGCAUGUGACCGCUUCAAUGCCUCCAACUUCGGGAAAGAUCGUUUUGUUAAGCUCAUGGAUCAGCUACACAACUCUCUUCGGAUCGACCUCUCCACAUACAGAAAUAACUUCCCAGCCAGUAGUAAGCCUCGUCUGCAGGACCUGAAGUCUACUGUGGAUCUGCUGACUAGCAUAACUUUCUUCAGAAUGAAGGUGUUGGAACUUCAGAGCCCCCCUAGGGCAGCCCAUGUUGUGAGAGACUGUGUGAAGGCCUGUGGAAACUCCACCUAUGAGUACAUCUUCAACAACUGUAUAGAGCUCUACAUGAGACAGUUCCAGCCUGCCGUAGAGCCUGAGCCAGAGGAGACAGGGCCUACUAUCCACAACCUGGACUUCUGGCCGAAACUCAUCACCCUCAUUGUCUCCAUCAUAGAAGAAGAUAAGAACGCCUACACACCCAUCAUUAACCAGUUUCCUCAGGAGCUCAACGUGGGGAAGGUCAGUGCUGAAGUCAUGUGGACGCUGUUCGCUCAGGACAUGAAGUACGCCCUAGAAGAGCACGAGAAACAUCGUCUGUGUAAGAGUGCUGACUACAUGAAUCUUCACUUCAAGGUUAAGUGGCUUUACAACGAGUAUGUGAUCGACCUGCCUGCCUUCCAAGACAAUGUACCAGAGUAUUCUGCGUGGUUUCUGCAGUUUGUCCUUCAGUGGCUGGGUGAGAACGAGGAUGUGUCCAUGGAGUUUAUGAAUGGAGCUCUAGAGAGGGACAAGAGGGAAGGGUUCCAGCAGACGUCGGAGCAUGCUCUGUUCUCCAGUUCAGUAGUGGACAUCUUCACCCAGCUCAACCAGAGCUUUGAGAUCAUCAAGAAACUAGACUGUCCUGACCCCAAGGUGCAGGCCCACUACAACAGGCGAUUCGCCAAGACCAUCACCAAGGUGCUGAUGCAGUACUGUGCUAUCCUGUCCAAGGACUUCCCCUCCUACUGCCAGAAGGAGAAGAUACCAUGUGUGUUGAUGAAUAACGUACAACAGAUGCGGGUCUUGUUGGAGAAGAUGUUUGAGUGCAUGGGGGCUAAACAGCUGGAUUCGGAGGCUGCGGACAUCUUGAAUGAACUGCAGGUCAAACUGGCCACCGUCCUGGACAAUCUGAGCGCCAUGUUCGGCAAGAGUUUCCAGGCCCGUCUCACCGUCUGCAUGCGUCAGAUGGCAGAGAUCCUGUACCAGAUCAAAGGUCAUCCCAACCGUCAGACAGCCGAGGCCGACGCUGACAACAUGCUGAGGCCUCUCAUGGAGUUCCUGGAUGGAAAUCUGAGUCUGUUUGCUGACACCUGUGAGAAGACGGUUCUGAAGAGAAUACUGAAGGAUCUGUGGAAGAUUGUCCUCAGCAGCUUGGAGAAGACCAUCAUCUUACCGCCGAGCAACGACGGCUUCGGAGCUCAGAUACUGACUGCUGCCAAGGGACUGUCCAACCUGAGUACAGACCACGCUGUCAGGGGUGAGGCCAAAAGCCUGACGCCCAAACAGUGUGUCAUCAUGGAUGCCGCACUGGAAACCAUCAAGCAAUACUUCCAUGCUGGAGGUAAUGGUCUGAAGAAGGCCUAUGUGGAGAAGAGUCCUGAGUUAACUUCGCUGAAAUAUGCUCUGUCCCUCUACUCUCAGAGCACUGAUGCACUAAUCAAGAUCUUUGUAACUACACAGCACGCACAGGUUCAUAAUGGGAUGGGCAUCAGGAUUACCCCCAGUGAGAAGGUUCGGCCAGACAGAGGUUCAGGAGUGGAGAAGCCUGUUGGUGAGGCCCAGAUCCAGAUAGACAUGGUGCCUCCAGGCAAAGACAAAAUCCACAAGGUCAACAUCAGAGUGAUAGCGGUGAAUGACAUGAGGUGGCAGACAUCAGGGAUGUUCCGUCCCUUCGUGGAGGUCAAUAUGAUUGGUCCACUCCUUGCCGCCCAGAAGAGGAAGUUCACCACCAAGUCAAAGAAUAACAGCUGGACAGCCAAGUACAACGAGGCCUUCCAAUUCAUCCUGGGUAAGGAGUCUCCAGACUGCUAUGAGCUGCAGGUGACGGUGAAGGACUACUGUUUCGGCCGGGCCGACCGUGUUGUGGGAGUGGCCGUGGUCCAGCUCCGAGACGUGGCUGACAGGAAGUCGUGCGUGUGCUGGUGCCCGCUGGGCGGAAUCAUCCAGAAGGACGAGACAGGCGUAACGGUGAUGCGUAUCUUGUCUCAGCGUGCAGCCGACGAGGUGGCCAAGGACUUUGUCAAACUGAAGGCCGAGACACGUCCUGUAGAGGAGGGGAGAUGA